AAGAUUAUUCCAAGGUUUGUCUUAAUCAGUGUGAAUUGUGAAUCAGUGUUGAUUUCGAUCAUCGUUGUCAAUGUUUUACGUUUGAUAACAUUUCACAAUAUUUUGGUGCAAUUUGCGAGAUAAUCGCAUAGUAAGAAAUGGCAGAUCCUAAAUACGCCGAUUUACCUGGAAUUGCAUACGAUCAGCUUGAUGUCUACGAAACGAGCGAUUUGCCAGAAUCAGAACAAAUGCGAAUGUACUGUGAGGAUGAACCUGACAGCUCUUGUGUUGAACAAUUACACAUCAGUGCUAAAGAAGCAUUCAAUAAAUUUAAGGGCAAACAAAUUGUUGGGAAACCUGUUGAUUUCUCAGAUCGUUUGUCUAACAAACCGAGGACAGGAUACAAAUUUGGAGAUUGGGAACUUGUCAGUGAAGGUGAAAAAGAAACUCCUCUUCAAAAAUAUCAACGAUUACAAUGUGAAAUUAAGGAAUUAUAUGAAGAAGUGAACGAGUUGAAGGAAAACUCAAAGGAUGAAGUGGAAAUCAAAUCUGCAAGCGAAAUUAUUUCUCAGGCACAGCAGUUAGAAAAACAGUUGAUUUCUCUAAAACUGGAAGAUUGUCUAGGGCCUGAUGUUGUUGCAAGUUUAUCAGAUCCACAAGGCACAAUGCUUAAGUAUGAUGUUUAA